AUUUGUAUCUGUAAUAUGGAACUAUUUUUGUUUUUGUUUCAAAAGCAGCUCAAUGACUAUGACAAACUCUACCUGUUGAUGUUCAAAUGGAGGAUCAUCAGGUUGUUCAACCCCUUGUGUUAUGCUGCCGGUGUGAAAAGUGUCACAGAUCUAGAGCAACAACUUUUGACAAACAUGGACCAUGUGAAGAAAAAGCUGCCAAGCUGGGCACAAUCUCCAUCAUUUGAUGAAGAUUUGAAAAGCAUUCAAAAUAUGAUCGCAGAUUCAAAGACUGUGAAAUAUGAGGACUUGCCAGAACUUCUUGAGAUCCAGAAAAAAUACUAUAAGGAGGAGUUGGAAGCUGCAGGUGUUUCGAUUAUACAGAAGGAUUGUGUUUCACUACAAACUAAAAUAGCUCUUGGUCGUCCGUACUCUGGUGAUGUGUAUAAUGCCCAGUUGACUCAAGGUGACAAUAAGAUUGAUGUUGUUCUACGGUAUGAUUUAGAUUCAGCACAACGCAAGUCAUUUAUAAGAGAAGCCAAAAUACUGGCUGGCGUCCAGCAUGAGUACAUCAUGAAGUGUUUUGGAGUUGUGAUACUUGGCUCUUAUGCAGACUCUGUAGCACUGGUGGUUGAGCUAUUCAGUGAAGGUAACCUAGAGGAGUUCCGUGUUCCAUCAUUGUUUCAUGCAUGGCUGUAUGCUUCACAGCUUUCUUCAGCGCUGGAAUAUCUAGAAUCUAAACACCUUGUACAUACAUCAGUCGUGGAGCCCUUUGUCUACAUUGCAUCGCUUGAAAAGAUCAGUGUUGGUGGCUUUAUGUGCUGCUGUUAUGAGGAAGAAAUGGGCAAAACGCAGCUGGCAGAUUACCGUACAAUAUCUGGACACCAAGGACACCGUCUAGAUGAUAACUCAUUCAAGGGAGUGGCUGCCAUGUUUGCUCACCUUGUUAUUGGGAUGUUCAGAUAUUUGGAUUCUCACCAUUCAAGUCAGUUGCUAAAACUUUUUCCGAAACGCAACAAGACGUGGCCUCUUGUAUGUCCCAGUGGUGUUGCUUCCCUUCUGGACCGAUGUCUAGAUAAGGAUGUAAACAAGAGGCCAACAUUUCAAGAAAUACAUCAGAUCCUUGCAAAGGUACAUGUACACAAUUUGACAUGUGAAAAUUUGAUUUUUUCAAGUACAGUAAAUUGAAUGUGUUUCAUAGAAAGUCCAGAAAGUCUUCAUUAUAUUGAUUGUCUUUUAACAGCCUGAUAUUUCACAACAGUACUGCAGCUUGAGGGCAGCAUAACAAAA